CCGGACCAUGAAUGACGAGCAAAACUAGGAAAAAUUUUGCUGAUAAUCAUUGCUGGACCAUGUACUGCAUUCAAAUGUGCUAUGUCUGCUCCAUUUUCUGGUAUUUCCUGAAUUUUCAAGGACAUGGGGAUAGAAUGCAAGGCUUCCUUUUCAACUAACUUGAUGAUACAUGAGAAAAGUUGAAGACCCUGAACUUGACUGACUCUUCCUUAUAGGAUGAAAAAAUAAAAUAAAUAAAUUAAAAGAAACUAAAAACGUAACGUCUGAUGAUGUGUAACAACAAAUAAUAAAUAUGAUAUCAGAGAUGACGAUAAAGCCAGCAUUUCCUAGUGACGACAACCGAAACACGAGGAUGUACGUAGCACAUGCCUAAAUAUCGUAGUGUCCGAUGGUAGACUGCGGGCCGUCUUCUCAAGUUAAAGAGUGGAAUCGCAAAUUCGUGCAGGAAGACAACUGACAAGAAACUUGUUCUUAUAAUAUCUAAUCCACGAAAGGAUCCAGACAAAUUGAAACUGGUUUCCAAUUAUGGUGUCUCAAUAUUAAAAUUAAGAACCAUGACCUCGUGAGCCAAUCCUAUGAAAUUAUUUAUUAAAAAAAAUUAUUAUUAUAAUCAGUUCAUCAUAAUAGUCAUCAGCGAUACUUCUACCACCACCACCACCACCACCACCAACAGUACCAUUUCUACCACCAUUAAUAGCAUCUUUUUUAAUUUCUCUUUUUAUUAUUUAUUUAUUUUUUAUAUUUAUUAAUUAUUUAUUCAUUUUUAAAAAUAUAUACAUGUGUAUAAAACAUGUUUUUCGAAUGAUUAUUGUUGAUGUUGCUAAAAAAAAAAGGAAAAAAGAAUUAUGAAGUACAUAGUGGUGGUGUGUUGUGUACACGUGUUGAUGAUGCCAGUGAGACACUGAUACGAGCCAGCCACAACUAUAAGAGCCCCGGCAACGCGUAUCAUCAGUUCAUUCAGUAGCAAGGUAGCACUUAAACGCGUGGGUCUCACUAACUACCCAGCCAAUCCCUCCGAGACAGUAGGCCUCUUUCCCUUUUCCUCUAUUUAUUAUUUCCCGCUUUAACUUUAUCCCAUUAUAUUAAUUUUUUUUUUUAUUUUUCUACCUUCUUUUUAAUUGUCCCAUGUAAUUAUAUAAUUUUUUUUCAAAUAUUCUUCAAUUAAAUUCCAAAAACUGUGACAAUUAUCAUAUACCUUUAUUUCCUCAUUUUGUUAAAAUUUACUCGAUUUUUUUUUUGCUACUUACUUCUGUCCGAAGUGUGAUUGGUUUAUUUUUUUUCAAAUUAAAUUAAAUUAAAUAAUUUAAAAAUAAAUAUUAUUUGAUUACGUUUUAAAUUCAUUGUGCUGAUUUAAGUGUUAAAGUGAUAGUCAAAAUUAAAAAAAUUAUAAAGUUUAUAUCAUCAUUAAUUAGUUUGAAUAUAAUUAAAAAAUAAAAAAUUAUUUUUUCAAUUGAAAUAUUAAAUCAAUUAAUAUAAAUCAAUUCAAAAGAAAAUAAAAAAAAAAAAGCUUUUUUUUUUUCAACUAUGAUGCUCGUAUUUUGCUUCAUGGUCCUGACCUGCAUCACGAUAUUUGUUCUUCUGGUGAGAAGGCUGUUCUACUGGCAUUCAUUGGGCGUUCAAGGUCCUGCGAUUGUGGUCAGUGAUGAAAAAACGAAGAAGAUUAUGAAAGGGCCUAAGAGCUUGCCCAUUAUCGGCAGUUUACAUUUACUUGGUGGUCCUGAAGGACCAUUUGAUGCAUUUACAAAAUUAUCAAAAGAAUAUGGGGAUAUUUAUGAAAUUCAACUUGGUGUUGCUAAAUGCGUUGUUGUUAGCAGUUACGAACUGAUUAUGGAAGUACUCAUUAAAAAAGGAGAUCAUUUUGGAGGAAGACCAAAUUUUUACAGAUAUCAUGAACUUUUUGGUGGUGAUAGAAAUAAUUCAUUGGCAUUAUGUGAUUGGUCAGAUUUACAAAUAAAAAGAAGAUCUUUGGCACGCCACUACUGUUCACCAAAAGGUGGAACAAUUCAAAUUGAUGAAUUAUCAAAGUACGGGUCAUUUGAAGCAAAUAAAUUAUUAUCACAAUUAGAACAACCAAAAUCACAAUUAAUAUUAAAUGGUAAAGAAUCAAUAAAACCAUUAAUUUUAGCAUCAAUUGGAAAUAUGUUUAUGAGUUACAUGUGCUCAAAAAGAUAUGAUUUUGAUGAUGAAAAAUAUAUAAAAUUAGUAAGAAAUUAUGAUGAAAUAUUUUGGGAUAUUAAUCAAGGAUAUGCUGUUGAUUUUUUACCAUGGCUCAAACCAUUAUAUGGUAAAACAAUGGCAAGUUUACGUAAUUGGUCAACUGAAAUACGAGCUUUUAUACUUAAAGAAAUUAUAAAUGAUCGUCUUGCAAUAUUAAAUAAUAAAAAUGAUAAUUCACCUCAAGAUUUAACAAAUGCAUUAUUACUCCAUUUAACAAGUGAUGAAACUGAGCUAACAUGGGAUCAUGUAUUAUUUGAACUUGAAGAUUUUUUAGGUGGUCAUUCGGCUGUUGGAAAUUUAGUUAUGUUGAUAUUAGCAUAUGCGGCAAUGUUACCAGAUGUACAAAAAAAAAUUCAAGAUGAAUGUAAAUUAAUUGGAACUAAAAAAGAACGUUUAAAUGGACUUGUUACACUUGAUGAUAGAUCUGAUAUGCCAUAUACUGAUGCUGUUAUUUGGGAAACAUUAAGAAUAUCAAGUUCACCAAUUGUACCACAUGUUACAUCAUUAGAUACUGAAAUUAAUGGCUAUCAUAUCACCAAAGACACUGUUGUUUUUAUCAAUAAUUAUGAAUUAAAUUUAGGUGAAAAAUAUUGGGGUGAAAAUUCAAAACAAUUUAUACCAGAAAGAUUUUUUCAAAUAACUAAUGGUAAUAUUCGUGUUGUUAAACCAGCUUAUUUUUUACCUUUUUCCACUGGUAAAAGAACUUGUGUUGGUCAAAAACUUGUUCAGGGUUUUGCAUUUGUUAUUGUUACAUCAUUGCUAACACGUUAUGAUAUUUAUCCAGUCGAUAAAAAUCUUAAACAAGAAUUACGUCCAGCAUGUGUUGCUGUACCACCUGAUUCAUUUAAUCUUGAAUUUAGACUCAGAAAUAUAACAAAUUAAAUAUAUAUUUUUUAUUAUAAAACAAACUAAAAGAAAAAUUCAAAAGACUGAAUAUAUCUAUCUUGACAAUAUAUGUUGAGUAUAUUUUAUUAUUAUUAUGAUUAUUAUUAAUAUAUUCGUUUUUUUCUGACAAUUGUAAA